AUGCCGAGUACUGCGCAGUGUCUUUCUGUUAGUCCAAGCUGCCCAGUCUCCGCAACCACGUACGGCUACUAUCCAAACUUCGGGGGGAACGUCUUCUUCGCAGUCAUCUAUGGCAUCAUGGGGGUGGCCCAGCUGGGCCUAGGGGUCUAUUUCCGAUCAUGGACCUUCAUGAUCGCCGUCUGUGUCGGCGCAUUCAUGGAGAUGGCCGGGUAUAUCGGUCGGAUUCUUAUGAAUAAUAACCCGUGGGAUCAGGGCGCAUUCAAGCUACAGAUUGUAUGCUUAGUUCUCGCGCCCACCUUCGUUGCAGCCGGCAUUUACCUGACCCUGAAACACAUCAUUUUGAACCUGGGGCCCGAGCAUUCACCGUUGAAGCCGCGCUUGUUCACCUGGAUUUUCAUCAGCUGCGAUGUGGGAUCGCUGAUCUUGCAAGCAGCGGGUGGCGGAGUCACUUCCUCGGGUUCCAACAAAGGGGAUGUGCAUAUGACUGACGUUGGAAAUGAUAUAAUAAUCGCCGGCAUCGUGUUUCAAGUGGUGACUAUGGCAGCCUGUGGGUUGGUGUCUCUCAAGUUCUUCUGGGCGCUCUUCCACCGCCCCGAAGGAUUUUCUGGCGAGAAGAGCCUUGAAGGGGACGGUCCAUCGACUGUUUCCAGCAACGUGCACUACAUCGUGGCCGCCGAGAUCGCUGCUUAUUUUUUCGUGCUUAUUCGUUGCAUCUACCGAAUUCCGGAGAUGGCUGGUGGUUGGGGAAGUCCACUGAUGCAAAAGGAAGACGAAUUCCUGGUUUUGGAUGGAAUGAUGAUCGCGCUGGGGUGCUUGGCCCUCACCGUCUGCCAUCCGGGAUUUUACUUCACCUCGAUUCGUACCGGAUACAAGAACUAA